AUGAACACCAUACUAGAGCCUUACGACCUUGUCGCAACACGUUACCACAUCCACAUCGCUUUCCAACCCUCAGAUAGCGGCAGACCAUCGUACCCAUCAGCCGUCCACGCCGAGAAUACACCCGGCGGCCCAGCGCCACCGCGCAAGACCCUAAAGAUGCGCUGGCAGGCAUGCAAGGAGAAGCACUGGCGCGAAAAGACGCACGAACCGGGCCAUCAUUAUUGGCAGCUAAUUGUAAUGGAGUGGUCCAGCGAUAACGACGAGCAAGUCAAGGCACAAGCCAAGGAGAUCCGGAGCGCCGCAGAGGCACGAGGCGAGAGGGUCCCUGGAAAGAAGGAAGCGCUUGCGAUGGCGCGGUUGGUGCGUUGGGUGCAUGGCAGGACGAGUGUCUCAUCGGACUAUGCUUCGAAUCCAUUGGCUUUCCUUAAGAAUUCUGUAAGCGAGGAUACCAAAGAGGUCCAUGUAUGGUCUGAGAACACUGGAAAUCGUCGGUUCGAAGCGUCCGUCUUCCGCGAACUGGGCCAGGAUAGCCCUAUUGCCACGGCAGUUGGGAGCAAUCACUUCGAAGCAAUUCAGAAGCUGUGGGGAUAUCUUAGACCAGGGUAA